AGUAAUCCUUUCUCUUCCCUUGCUUCUGCUCACUGCCUCACUCUACUAGCCUGAUAUAGGAGAGUAAUUCCGUCGGCUACUCCCUGAUCCCUACUCCUCCUUCCCAUCUGGUCUUUGUCUGGAGGCUUUCUGUGUCGUGCCUUGUCAGUGAGCGAAAUAUCGCUGCUUGGUUUCUAGACUGGCUGCUUUCCGAUUUUCCCAAGUCGUGACCCUUCUGGGUCGAGUAGCAGUCUUCAGCCAUGGACUUCGGUCGCUUAGCGCGUCAGUCUGUAGCGCCGGUGCUUAUCCUCGCCGUAGCGGUAGCCUGGCGUACGAUCGCGCAUUCCGCGAUAGUCAUCCUGAUCGCCGCCCUUUUCGGAGCUCUUUUCGCCUUUUUCUCGAAGCGGAAGAGCGACGAGUCGUCGACGGUGUCCACUGCAGCCACGCCUGAGAAGCGCGUGGCUGCACCGGCUGAGGCGGACGAGCCGUCGGUUUCCGCACAAAUUAAGAAGGAAGAGCCUAAGGCGGAGAAACCCGUUGCUGCUGCUGCCGUUGCGCCUUCGGCAGCCAAGGCUGCUGCAUCUGGGGUCAUCCCGCUGGCAUCUGCUCGCCGUCCUCCUCCCAAGGCAGAAGACAAGCUGGGGAUAACGCAGUUUAUCUGGCCGUAUGGCGGGUCCGCGGUGGAGGUGGUGGGGGAUUUCUCCGGCGGCGUGCCCGUCCCCAUGAAGCCGUCCGCUGCUAGUCCCGGCCAGUUCUACAUCGACUACACGUGUCCCCAGGGACCGAUCGAAUACAGCUUCAUCGUGGACGGCGCGUCACGUAUCGAUCCCGAGUCUCCCACUAACGCGGACGGCACGAAGAACGUGGCCAUGGUGCGGCGCGACCUGUUCGAGUCCCUGGAGGCGAUGAUGCGGCAGCGGAUUCUGCUGCUGGACGGCGCCAUGGGCACCAUGAUCCAACGUCACAAGCUCCGCGAGGAGGACUUCCGCGGCGAGCGCUGGAAGACCCACUCUAACGACCUCAAGGGGAAUAAUGAUAUCCUCGUUAUAACGCGCCCCGAUGUGAUCGAAGGGAUUCAUUCGGAGUACCUGGACGCGGGGUCGGAUAUCAUUGAGACGAACACGUUCAACGGGACGUGUAUCUCCCAGGCGGAUUACGAGCUCCAGGCGGAGGAAGAGGUGGUGCUAAUUAAUAUCGAGGCGGUGAAGGUUGCGCUCCGCGCGACGGCCAAGUCGAUGCAGAAGGACCCCACGCGGCCGCGUUUCGUCGCGGGCGCCGUCGGCCCGACGAACAAGACGCUGUCGGUUUCCCCCAGUGUCGAGAAUCCCGCGUUCCGCGCAUGCACGUUUGAUGAGAUCGUGGACGCGUACAAGAUGCAGGUGCAUGCGCUGCUGGAGGGGGGAGCGGAUAUUCUCCUCGUGGAGACGAUCUUCGACACGCUCAACGCCAAGGCGGCGCUGUACGCGGUUGACCAGGUGUUUGAAGAGGUUGGGUACGAUGUGCCGGUGAUGAUCAGCGGUACGAUCGUGGAUAACAGCGGGCGGACGCUGAGUGGGCAGACGGGCGAGGCGUUUCUGGUCAGCGUGUCGCACGCGCGCGCCAUGGCGAUCGGGCUCAACUGCGCGCUGGGGGCGAGGGACAUGCGUCCAUACGUGGACACCAUCAACAAGCUCACGGAUUCGUUCGUGAUUUGCUACCCGAACGCGGGGCUGCCCAACACGUUCGGCGGGUACGACGAGACGCCACAGCAGUUCGCGGAGAACGUGCGGGACUUCGCCACGGGCGGGCUGGUGAACGUGCUGGGCGGCUGCUGCGGCACCACGCCCGAUCAUAUUCGUGCCGUCUCUGGGAUUGUGGAGGGCGUUCGUCCCCGCCCCCGUCCCGUGGUGCGCAACCUGCUGCGCGUGAGCGGGCUGGAGCCUUUCAACUACACGCCCGAAACCAUCCCCUUCAUAAACAUCGGCGAGCGGUGCAACGUGGCGGGGUCAAGCAUCUUCAAGAAGGCGGUGAUGGCUGGCAACUGGGACAAGGCGCUCAGCAUCGCAAUUGCUCAAGUGGAGGCGGGCGCGCAGAUCAUCGACAUCAACUUUGAUGAGGGGCUGCUGGACUCCGUGGCUGCUAUGACCCGCUUCGUCAACCUCCUUGUCUCUGAGCCUGAUGUGGCCAAGGUGCCCUUCAUGAUCGACUCGAGCAAGUUCCACGUGGUAGAGGCGGGGCUCAAGUGCUCGCAGGGCAAGUGCAUAGUCAACUCCAUCUCGCUCAAGGAGGGCGAGGCCGCCUUCAAGGCCCAUGCGCGCACCAUCAAGCGCCACGGAGCGGCAGUCGUUGUCAUGGCCUUCGACGAAGAGGGGCAGGCGGCCACUGAGGAAGACAAGGUGCGCAUCUGCCAGCGCGCGUACAACAUGCUGGUUGACGAGGUCGGAUUCAACCCGGAGGAUAUUAUCUUCGACCCGAAUAUUCUGACCAUCGCGACGGGACUGGAGGAGCACGCGAACUACGCAGUGGACUUUUUCCGCGCGACGACCCGGAUCAAGGCGCUCUGCCCGGGCGCGAAGAUCUCGGGCGGCGUGUCGAACAUUUCGUUCUCGUUCCGAGGGAACGAGCCGGUGCGACGCGCGUUUCACUCAGUGUUCCUGUACCAUGCGAUUAAGGCCGGGAUGGACAUGGGGAUUGUGAACGCCGGGCAGAUCGACAUCUAUGACGAUAUUCCCAAGGAGCUGCUAGAUCACGUGGAGGAUUGCGUGCUGAAUCGACGGCCGGAUGCGACUGAGAGGAUGCUGGAAUUAGCGGCGAGAUUGGACCCGAAGGCGGGCGGCGGCGCGGAUAAGUCGGAGAAGGACGCGUGGAGGGAGCUGCCGGUGGAGAAGCGGUUAGCACAUUCGCUUGUAAAGGGGAUAGACCAGUAUGUGGUGGCGGAUGUGGAGGAGGCGAGGACGUGUGGGCAGUAUGUGCGGCCACUGCACAUCAUCGAGGGGCCGCUGAUGGACGGCAUGAACGUGGUGGGCGACCUCUUCGGCGCCGGCAAGAUGUUCCUCCCCCAGGUCAUCAAGAGCGCCCGUGUGAUGAAGCGCGCCGUGGCGCACCUCAUCCCCUUUAUGGAGAAGGAGAAGGAGGAGGCGCGGCUGGCCAACCCCGAGGUGGAGCAAGCCGCCAACGCGGGCACCGUGGUUAUCGCGACAGUAAAGGGCGAUGUGCACGACAUCGGCAAGAACAUCGUUGCGGUCGUGCUGGGCUGCAACAACUACAAGGUGGUUGAUCUGGGUGUCAUGGUGCCGUGUGCCAAGAUCCUCGACGCGUGCCGGGAGCAUAAGGCUGACGUGGUCGGUUUGUCAGGGUUAAUUACCCCAUCGCUUGACGAGAUGGUCACUGUAGCGAAGGAGCUGGAGAGGGAGGGCUUUAAGAUCCCGCUUCUGAUUGGUGGAGCCACAACCAGUCGCAUGCACACGGCUGUCAAGAUCGAGCCCGUCUACAGUGGCGCUACUAUUCACGUUUUGGACGCUUCCCGCAGCGUCCCGGUGGUUUCCAGCCUGCUCGAUCCGACAGCCACGGAUGACUUUGUGACGGACGUCCGGGAGACGUAUGCGGAGCUUCGGGAGGAGCACUAUGCUGGCCUGCAGGAUCGGAAGUACGUACCUAUCGGCAAGGCUCGGGAGCUCAAGUUUCAGAUCGACUGGAAGCUUCCAGAGAACCUUCCUGCCGUUCCGAACGUGCUGGGGACGAAGGUGUACAAGGAUUACCCAAUCAACGAGGAGUUAAUCUCAGCCAUUGAUUGGAAUCCGUUCUUCCAGGUGUGGCAGCUGAGGGGCAGGUACCCUAACCGCGGGUACCCGAAAAUUUUCAACGACGAGACGGUCGGGCAGGAGGCGAAGAAACUUUUCGACGACGCGCAGGCGAUGCUGCGGGACAUUGUGGAGAACAAGAAGCUGACGGUGCGGGGUAUUGUCGGGAUUUACCCUGCAAAUUCUGUGGGCGACGACAUUGUACUCUAUAAGGACGAGUCGAGGAGCGAAGUGGUUGAAACCAUGCACACGCUGCGGCAGCAAGCAGAGAAGGAGAAUGACGAACCCUACAUGGCUCUAUCUGACUUCAUCGCUCCGGCAACCACGGGAGUGAAGGAUUAUCUGGGAAUGUUUGUGGUUUCGUCCGGGUUUGGACUGGAGGAAAUGGUGCAGAAAUUCAAGGAGGACAAUGAUGACUUCAGCUAUAUCAUGGCCGAGGCUAUCGCCGAUCGUCUCGCCGAGGCUGCGGCAGAGGUUCUCCACCGGGAGGUUCGGAAGGAGGUGUGGGGGUUCGCCAAGGAGGAGGAUCUGAGUGUAGACGAGCUGCUGAAGGUGAAAUACCAGGGUAUUCGACCUGCCCCGGGGUACCCCAGCCAGCCGGACCACACAGAGAAGCCGGUCAUGUGGAAAUUAAUGGAGGUGGAGGAGGAGACAGGAAUUCAGCUGACCGAAUCGAUGGCUAUGCUGCCCGCUGCGUCGGUGUCUGGGCUGAUUUUUGCUGCACCCAAGAGCCAGUACUUUGCAGUGGGGAAGAUCCUGGGGGAUCAGGUGGGGGAUUAUGCGCAGCGGAAGGGCAUGCCUGUUGCCGAGGCUGAGAAGUGGCUCGGCCCAAUGCUGAAUUACGAGCCUUAGAGGGUGGCUUGGGGAUCGAUGGUAGAUUGAUGGCGUGGGGGCAAGGAGGAUGGUGGGUGUCACUUGUGUGUCACUUGGGUGUCACUUGGGUGUCACUUAGUUGAGACUUACAGCAGGUGUGGCACUGCAGGUACAAUUUGCAGAUGAUGGGUAAGAUGCAGCGGCUGAGUGGUGAUCAGUGUUUCAGUAGUUGCUCGCUUUCCUGACUUAGGUUGACGUGUUCUGCUGGAUCUCACAUGCUGUUCGCUCCUCAGUGGAGCUUUCGUCAGGUGCAUGUGCAACAUAUCAAGGAGUCUGUAUUUCAAACAAGAAACAAUGGAUCUAGGGUGCCAUAAUUUUGUGUAACGGGACAAUCCUAUUUGCAACCCGUAUUCUGU